CUCGCUCCGCGCGUGUCCCGCCCCAAGCCCCCGCUGGACAAUCGUCGAAAGUAACUUUUUUUCCACCGUCAUCCACUCGUUUCCACCGUUCUCUUAUUACACCCGACCGGUUAUAAAUACCGUUACCACGAUUUUAUGCGUUAGCGAUAGAUGAAGUUCAAAGUUUUCCAUUGUUCUUGGGAAUCGUUUAUAUACACACGCGAGUGAUAAAAUUAAUUGAAAGCUUAAGAUUAAAAUUAUAUUUGAACACGUACGAUGGAUGUUGGACGGCGUGUAUGUUCCAACAAGAUAAUAAAUGGAGAAGAAUAUAUAUGUGAUGCGCAAACGAAAAUGACAAAAUGAUCAGAGUGUGUUGAUCACGAUUUCUCACGAAAUCCACGUGUGGGAGCUUCUUAUCGCCUUGUUACCACCUAUUUCAACCUUACCCACGACUUGUGACGAAAGAGUUAAAGCACGGACACGAAACUUCCGGUGCAAUGAACCCCGCUGUUGAAGUAACGCGCGGCGUUGUUACGACACCAAUAUUAGUUUUACGACCAGCUUCUGGAAAUAGAUCGAUGAAACCGUACGUCAUCGAACGGUUGUUCGACAGCCUAUGUUUAGUGGGCAUAGUUGAAAGAGAACGCACCUGCAACUCCAGCACCCUCCUCCACCCACGAGGGGGAUUAUAACUCAGAGGCUCAAAGAGACGUGACCGAUCGUGGCAAUAUUCUCGGUUCCUUUUCCUCGCUUCCUAUCUCAACUUGCUGGAUAAAUAGAGUCGUUCUAUUUUUAAAGGAAAUACUGGCAAUUUCUUCAAACUCGAUAACGAAUUUCGCUUCGAUUAAAUAUUUUUUCGCGAAUUAACAAAAGUUGAGGAAAUAUUUCAUUUCUUCGAAAUCCGAUUCGAUGGGCAGAAUCUUAGAUUUAUUCUUGAAGAUUGAACUCUGGAUAUCGAUUAAUCGAAGACAGAAAGAUAUUUUGGAGUCGUCAAUUUAUGGAAUAUCGUCGAAUAUAGUCAACAGCCGUUUUUCGAUCUUAGUGACACAGUGUGACGACUUAUUGACACUUGGUCAAGUGAAGUCAAGAGGACGGGUUAAACGAGCGUCGUUGCUCCUUUAUUUUCGACUUAUAUUGGCAAUAAUCUCGUCAACGAAGCGGGGAUUAUCCCUCCUUGGGCGCGAAAAUCUACUUGGAUUAAUUUCCACCGCGGAGGGGACGAUUGAUCGAGGGAGAAGAUGAAAUUAUGGAAAACUAUGAUAACCCUACCCGAGCCGACGACCUUAUCGCUUUAUGGUUGCGGCAAUUCCAGUCAGGUGUAUGCAUUGUGUAUGCACCGGCCGAACGGAAGGGCGAUUUUACGGGCCAGGUUUGAAGGGAUCCAGGGGGAUGGAGGAAACAGGACGACCAUAAAGGUGUACGCCAACUGUCUUCGGCCAGACAUCGAGUACAAGACCCUGAGCAUCACGUAUGAGACGACUUGCCGUGAAAUCGUCCAGAACCUAUUGAACAAAUACCGAAUGAGGCACCGUGACCCGAGACUGUUCUACCUCACCAUGGAGGUGACCGUGAGGAGACCGAACGUGAGGACCGUGCUCCCAUUGGACGAGGACGCGAGGCCGGCCGUCUUGCAAUCGUGUCAUCCUCGUGGCGAUUCCAGAUUCUCGUUGCAGACCCGCCGCGGAGGACUUGUCAAAAUAUACGACAGCGCGCUCAUGUCCGGAUCGAAAUACAAAAGUCUGCUAGUGUCCGAGCAGACCACGGUCGAUGAAUUGAUCCAGAUGUUAUUGAGUUGCUACAGUUCUAAAGAGCGCGUCGAGCAAUUCUCCCUUUACGAGGUGUGCGAAGGCGAAGAGUAUCAAAGGAAGUUGCAUCCUGACGACUCACCCCUCAAAGUCACGCAACGAUGGACAAGCGCCGAUCGUCAUCUUCGCAUAAGACGCAAUCCAGACUACAAUCCUCAUAGGAGAAAAAGUAUGUGGGCGUCAGACUCGAGCAUCAGCGUGGCGAUGUCAAGAUUGAACCUACACGGCCCCCAUCAUCAGGGAUCUCAUUACAACCAAGGGAAUGACAACAACAAUCAUUUAGCGUUGUACCAGCACAAAGAUACAAGUUCGAUCAAUAACAACAAUAUCCAUAAGAUCGAUCAGCAUCUGUCUUUGGGCUCCUUGAAUCAGCAACCGAGAAUCGUGGUUCCCCAUGCGACGCAACUUCCGCAGUUGCAAAUCCCACGGUUGCAACAAUUGCCUCAAAGUGUCCCAUCGACGCCAAUCUCGUCGAAACAUAUUACGGCGACCUCGUAUGCGGACUAUGAAAAUUAUUUGUUCAUAUAAAUAUUUCAAUUUUUUUCACUUCGUGUAUAUUUGAAUUACGAGGAAUAAUAAGACGCGAAAUGGAUUGCAGGUGUUCGAAAUGCGCUGAAUAGCUUGUUGCAGCUUUUUUUAAAUCGUAUUGAACAGUAUUUGAUCGAGCAGUUUGAAAGCUUCGCUACGAGAAGAGUUUGGAACAAUUUUUGGAAGAGGAUAUUUCGAAGAUUUCCUCUUUGCGAAGAAGUAUAUUUAAGAUUGCACGAAUUGCACGAGGUUAUUUAUCAAUGGUAGUUCGAUAUGAUGGUGUGAGGGAACACGGUUCGUGUCUCAGCUUUUCGCGUCGGUAAAACGGAACAAAGAGAAUUUACAAUUAUAGUCAAUAGCGAGAAACAAUUGUACCAAAGGUAGACGUACGAAAUAUUAGAUAAAUAGUAUAUUCAUCCUUAUAUUGUAUAAAUGUAUUGCGUAAGAAAGAUAUGCUAAAAAUUGAUUAAGAGAAAAAGAUAUAAGACAUGAGUCUUUGAGACUCUUAUCUAAGAGAGCAAUCGAAUUUGGAAUUUUAUCAUGAGAAUUGAGAAGACCAUUGAGAAUAUUUUACAAGAAAUUUGUAUAAAAUUUAUUAUACAAUUAUGGUAUAAAAUAGAGAGUCUAACAUUUCAUAUUUAUAUCUCGGAAAUUAUAUUUUUAUCCAAGAAUAAGGUUGCAGAAUGCGACCUCUAUUAUUUAUUUAUAACAAUUGUGUAGUGUCUAAGAGAAGAAGGAGCCUGAAAUUUUAAAUUAUUUUUAAUGGAAUCCUGUGCUGUAAAUUUCGUCGUGCAAUACGAUCGAACAGGGUUCGAGUAUAUUCGUGUAAAUAUAACCAAUAAACGACGUGUUACAACAAUUUUAAUAAUUACCACUAGCCAGUCAACCAGCAAAUGUAAAUGUUUAAUUCUGUACGUGUAUACGUCGUUCCUGUGCGAAAUUAUCGUAUUCGUCAGUUGGCAUUUAAAGAGCGCUAUUAUAUUAUUGAUGCGUUAUAUUUUUUUUUGUUUUUUACAAUUCAUUGUAAAUAGAAAAGGUCUUUUUUAUUUUAUUACGUUUCGUCAAUGUUGCACUGAGAUUGCCAAAGAGUCGUCAUGAAAUAAAAAAAUAAAAAAGAAUACGUUCAAUCGUACGAGAAAACGAAUAGAAGUUCUACUUCUUUGCAAAUAUGAAACUAAAAAUUAUCACGAGUCGCAUAUGGAAAUAGUGCAAGUAGGACUUAACAGCGUAACUUGUGUAAUGAGUACAAUGAAAUUUGUAUUAUUUUGAAUAAGAAAUAGAGUGUAAAUAUUCAUCUUGU